AUGAGAACGGAGAGUCCCUCUAGUGUGAAGAUGCAUGCUUCUCAGGCGAAGAAGAAAGGUCAGUCUCUUCCCUCUGUUCGUGGUCGCUCAACGAAGAAGGUGAAAAUGGUGGAGGAGGCGGUUGUGGUUCAAGACAUAGGGUCCGAUUCUGACGAUGUCCCCGAUUCUCCAUUGAUCAAUGAUGUGGGGGAAUCUACUGCGGGGAGUGCUACCGGCACUGAAAUCCCCGAACAGCAGCCAGAUGUGUCACAACCUCCUCUGAGGAGGAGAACUGGGGUGACCAUCAAUGAGCCAACUGGUGCCCCCCAACCUACUGCCGCACCAGCCCCUCCAAGGAAGGGAACGAAGAAGGCCACAGAGCCUAUUCUUGAGUCGUCGGACAAGAAUGACAUGGACUCCGAGAAUGUGUUCGACAUGUAUUGUGCUCUCGAGGCUCCUGAAGCUCCUGUGAGCAAGAAUAAAUCGAGCAGGCGGCAUCAGGGGGAAAGCAGUAAAGCGCCGCCAGCCAAGAAAUCUCGUACUGCAGACCCUCCAGCAGACGAACCGCCGACAAAUACAACACCACCUCCUUCUCCUCUCGAGCAGCAAACUCCUCCUGCUCCGGUCGGGUUGACACCUUCUCCACCGGAUCCAACCAACCAGACUCAGUAG